CUCAAACCUCGACGUCCCCAUACCUGUCAAACUGCCCUGUCUUUACUCUCCGCCCAUACCUUACGUUCUUUUAAUACUUGGACAAUAUGGUGGGCUUCCGACUGGUCUCUCUGGUGGCCUUGACCCUGGCGACAGCUCUGGUUCUCGCACCCUCUCCGGCUCGUGCUUUCGACCCUCGCGCGUACAGCUCUUUGGAGGCCCGCUACGCUCGUGCACACUCUCUAGGCGACAGCUAUCAGUUUGACCCUCGCGAUGGCUGGCAAACCGUUAACGCUACGAACCUGCAGUAUAAGUACUCUAGAGAUUACGGAGACCCGAACAACGAGCGCGAGGACGACUGGGAAGACGAUGCUACAGGCUCAGAUGCUCUGGGGAGAAGAGCCAGCAAGAAGUCGAAAUCAAAGUCAAAAUCGACGAACAACUCAAAGUCUAGCUCCAAGUCAAAAUCGAAAAGCGUCAAUCCCAAGUCUGCCGCUUCUAAAGUAACAUCGUCGAUCAAGAAGAUUGUUGACACCAUGAAGGGUACCGGCAAGUCCGAGCCCGUCACUAUCACCUGGUACACCGGACACGAUCUUGAAAACCCUAGCUGCUGGUCAAACCCGAGCUGGGCGCCGACAGACGCGUCUUUUGCGUGCGCUUUGACUCUGGACGGUUGGACCACCAAACCCAAGUGCUUCAAGUUUCUUGAACGCAACUCUGUAGUCUGCAACUCCCCGAAGAAGUGUGUCUUCGUCCGCGUUGUUGACUCCUGUGCCGGCUGCGCGAAAGAUUCCAAACAUGUCGAUCUCACCCAGGCUGCGUUCGAGCAAUUGGCGGACCUGGACACUGGGCUCCUCACUGUGCAGAUGAGGCCGGCCACAGACCCCGACGGAUGGCUUGAAGACCUCUGGGGCCCAAAGGCAUGA